AUGCUCCUCAGCCCCACCGUCCAACUGGCCGGGGUCCUGUCUGUGCUCUUCCUGGUCGUCCGAUACAUCGCCAACGCACACCACCACUACAGACAAGCGAAGGCACUGCACUGCGAGAAACCUGCAAGUGGAGCUUCUAGAUUCUUUGGAAUCCCUGCCUUCCUACGUCUCAGCAAAGCCGUGCGUGAGAAGCGAUGGAUCGACUACCUGACCGAUCAAUUCGAUAUCAACGGCACAACAUUCAGCCAGCGUUUCCUCUCACGCAGGCUAAUCACCACCAUCGAACCGGAGAACAUCAAAGCGAUCCUAGCGACACAAUUCAAGGACUUCUGUCUAGGAACAAGGCACGAACAAUUCGACCCGCUACUCGGUGAUGGUAUUUUCACACUCGAUGGAGCGGGCUGGUCGCAUGCACGCGGCAUGUUGCGACCGCAAUUCGCCAGGGAUCAGGUCGCCGAUCUAUCCAUGCUAGACGACCACAUCUCACACUUAAUCGACCUCAUCCCGAAAGACCGCACCGCAUUCGACAUCCAGCGCCUCUUCUUCCUUCUAACCCUAGACUCCGCAACACACUUCCUUUUCGGCGAAUCAGUCGGCUGCAUGCUCCCCCCAUCAGAAACAACCGGCGUCCUCGAGAAAUCCGCCGUUGGCAACGCGCAAGGCUUCGCCGACGCCUUCACAACAGCGCAAGACUACCUCGCCGCCCGAUCGCGCGCACAGGGCCUCUACUGGCUCGUCAAUCCCAAAGAAUUCCGCGAAGCGAAUCGUCGCGUCCACGAAGUCGUCGACCACUACGUAAACGUCGCUCUGGAGAGAAAGCGUAAUCCCGAUCCCAAGCAGGGUGAUGGUCGGUAUAUCUUUCUCGAAGCACUGGCCGCCGAAACCGAUGAUCCGAAAAUGCUGCGCGAUAAUAUGUUGAAUAUCCUUCUCGCUGGUCGUGAUACAACAGCCAGUCUGCUGAGUUCGACGUUCUUCUAUCUCUCGCAGUAUCCGAAUGUGUGGAGCCGACUGCGCCGGGAAAUCGUCAACGAAUUCGGCGAUGUUAGGAAGCCUAAUGGGGAAAUUACACAAGCUAGAUUGAAAGAUCUGAAAUAUCUGCGCUAUGUCCUGAAUGAAGUUCUCAGACUGCAGCCUCCUGUUCCGGUCAAUUUCCGCGUGGCUACGAAGGACACGUCCCUGCCUGUUGGUGGGGGCCCGGACAAGCGCUCUCCUGUUUAUGUGCAAAAGGGACAAAUGGUGGCAUACAAUGUGUUCGCCAUGCACCGUCGAACGGACUACUGGGGCAAAGAUGCGAGAAUUUUCCGACCGGAGCGGUGGGAGGAGAAUGCGAAGCAUGGUUGGGAGUAUCUUCCUUUUAACGGUGGUCCUCGGAUUUGCCUUGGUCAACAAUAUGCUCUUACUGAAGCCAGUUACACUGUUGUCCGACUCAUGCAGAAUUUCGAUACGGUCGAGAAUGCGGAUCCGAAUCCCCGCCAGGAGCCGAUUAAGAAUUCUAACUUGACUAUGAUGCAUGAUCGUGGUGUUCCGGUUAAGCUGUAUGCGUCGGAGAAGAUCUGA